UCCAGACUCGGAAGUGUGCGCACGUUCAACACGUAGGGAGGACUGAUCAAUAAGGUCAGGGUGCGGCUGAUGUAUGGGCCAGGAACGCAGAAUAAUGUAACGACCUCCCGCUAAAAUGUGAAAGGCAGCGUCUUAGAUUGGGCUGUAAGCUGCCAAAUCUGCGUUAAAUUGGACAUGGGGAGGGACCGGGGACCACUCGGAUUAAAACAGCUAGAAUCAUACAUGUAGUCAAGCUUAUGCAAAAUCUAUUGUACGUAUUUACCCUCAGGACUGAAAAUGAACGUAUAGUAUACGCGAGUUUCAUCUAAAAUACUGAGAUGGUGAAGUUGAAAUUUGACGAAAACAGUCAUCACGUAUGGAGUGAAAAUGGCUUCCAGAUUAUUUUAUGAACUCUGUGGAGGAAUGCCAGAUAGCCCGGUCGACUUAUAUCACGUACUAUAUAUAUCACUGGCAGAGGAAGGCAGCGGCUUGGCUUAAAUUUGCUCAUAUCGACCGCUAUGUCCAAUGUACUGCUCGUAUCGGCUGAACGCUUCACAAUGACGACUGCAAGGCCCCGUAGGUUCUAUAUUCGUUUCCACUGUUAUGACUCCUCUAUGUGCUAUCCGUACGUUAGCAUUCAGAAAUUGGGUAUGAGCUUUGGGGUCUUGCUUUUCAGCUGCAUAGCGCUCUUUGGAUAUUGUCAGUGCGAAGGGGAAUAUGGUGAAUUGAUGGGAUAUAUUUCUACUCACUGUCAGCCAUCAAAAAUCUACUUUCCGUGAAAGGGCUCAUUCUCAGGCCAUAUAUCGAUAAGUAAUCUCAUAUCAACGGCGAUCAAUAGUCAAACGUCAAGUCACGGCUGUGCUGGCUGUUCGGGAAUCUGUGAGGUGGGGACUGCUUGAAGAGCAAUAUUUGAGCAAAUAGCUUUCAAGGAAGAAGCAGGCGACAAUGGCGGUGGACCCAAACACCUUCCAAGAUUUCGUCACCUGACGGAUAUUGGAUCAUAUUGAUGCCGAGAAGAGAUCGGUCCGUUUGUUCUGGGAGCUUGUUGCUGUUCUGGGAGGAAACAGAAGGGAUGCCAAGCUGUCAGUGUGAAUCUUCUAAUCAUUCCCCGAUCUCCCCUCUCGCAAGGUUGGUAUAGUCCAAGACCUGUCCUGUGCAGGUUUUCAGCAGACAAAAAUCAUCUGUUUUGCUGUGGACCGCAGUCAGCCUCCCUGUCAAUUGUGCUCCGGGAUGGCAGGACGGUUUAGACCCGAGCCACUGUGGAGAUGUCGGAUUGAGAGCAUACACGCGAGCAAUAUUUUCAACUGAAUACAGGAUCUUAGGUGGAAAUCUGCAAAGGAAAAAUUUUGGCAGCCAUGACUUGCGGGGCAUCGAUCUUCCAUAUGGAACAACAAUACGACUCAGAAAUUCCAACAGUAUUUAUAUCGUAAUCAGAGCAGAACAAUCGCCAAAUCCCUGGUGAUCAUCAAGAAAGUACAUUUCGUAGCCGUGAGACGUCAGCCCAGAAGAAUAAUGCAGACAACGGAGAAAACAUCUUCCCUCGUCAUCACGGAAGACGGCAUCAUGCCCAUGGACCACCGCAGCCGUGUGAAGAGUCUGGAGUCUCCGAGCCCGCGGCGGCGGCGGCUGGCUGAGGAGGGCCAAGUCAACCUCUGCGUCAAGUACACAAUCUUCAGCGUCAACGUCAUCUUCUGGAUCGUGGGCGGCGCCGUCCUGGCCAUCGGCAUUUGGGGUAUGGUGGAGAAACGGAACCUUUCGUCCGGAGUCGCGAGACUGACCAACGUGGACAACAGCGUCCUCGCCGUGGUCAUGGACCCGAUGCUGAUCUUCGUGGUGGUGGGGCUGCUGAUCUUCCUCCUGUCCUUCUGCGCAUGUCUGGGGUCCCUGCGGGAAAACACGUGCCUCCUGUCCUUCUUCUCCUACAGCUUAGUCUUCAUCUUCGUGGUGGAGAUAGCCGGUGGGGUUCUGGUCUACAUCUACAAGGACUCAAUAGAACAGGCGCUGGGCAAGGGCUUUAGGACUGCUAUUGUGCGCUACAUAGAAGACAGCGAUUUACAAUUCAUCGUGGAUGAAAUUCAGAUGGGACUGAAAUGCUGCGGGUCACAGACGUACACAGACUGGAAUGAAAAUAGGUACUUCAACUGUUCCUCCCCCAGUGCCCGUGCGUGUGGUGUGCCCCAUUCCUGUUGUCUGUCGGCCUCGGCCAGCUACACGCAGGAGAUGGUCCUCAACACGCAGUGCGGCUUCCACGCCAUCUCCAUGAAGCAGGAUGAGGCCAGGGACAGAAUCUACGUGCGGGGCUGCCAGAGCAGCAUUGUGGAGUGGAUCAACAACAACAUGUAUCUCAUAGGAGGCGUGUUUGUGGGUGCAGUGAUACUCCAGAUCAUGGCCCUCUGUUUCGCAAGGAAAAUGAUUAACGACAUAGAACUGAUCAAGGCGUACUGGUAACGAGCUCUCCUUGCGAUAUUACAUAUAACUGCAGGGUUUUAUUCAGGGCUUUUACGGAAACUGUGGAACUGCAAAAUGAUAAACGCUGAUACAGAACUGAAUGCCCAUGGUACAUGUAUCUGUGGUUUCGUGCAUGAGAUAUUUUGUGUACGUUACGAGUUUUCGCAGAAAAGACAUCAAAAGUGCAAGAGGGAAGACCAAAAACAUAUCGCCCUGGAGAUGCCGUCACGAGGAAACUGGCGUUCUAAAGAAGCACUCUUUCGAUUGUCACACUGAACAGUAUAGAGUUUCUCCAACAGUUCAGAAAAGCCAAUCAUAGUUGGGUCCGAAACUAAUCUAUCCCCCCUCCCCUCCACAUUGUGCUACCUGUCGUUGCAUUUUGUGCUUUGGUCGUUUUAUUGUAACCAUCACUUAAACUCUACCUUUCGUUGAACGUUUAGGUUGUCGCUACAUUUGCUACUUGAUAUCUAUUUUUUUUCAUCUAUUCAUGACAUGCUUAUUUUGUCAUUAUCAUCAGCCCAUGUAUUUGAACUUAAGAAGCAGAAUAAAUAAACAAAUAAUUGUUGCCAAAUAAGCGAUGUAUCAUUGGACAACCUGAAAAGAAACAUUGAAUUAUAAAUACAUCUGCUCGGUUUGAGACAUUUCUUCCUAUGCAGUGACUAUCAUCAUGUUGCUGUCAUAGGAGGCACCCGGUGUUGCGCAUUGAGCAUGUUCUAUUGUACAGAAUUGUGGAAUGUGUUCACUACUGAAAUAACGAAUUAUAACGAAUCCUUAUACGACAAAGAUACCCAUGUAUUCUGACGAUAAUCAUGUGAUAAAAAUGUCGUGUGUUUGGUAUUUGUUUCCUCAGAUCGUGAUAACUUUGCGUUGCAGGAACUCGAAUUUUGUUUUAAUUCUUGAUAGUCACCAAUACUGUGUCGUACAAGCCCGUGUGCCAUAACAGCAUUUAUGACGAUGAUGUAGUUAUAUGUAUCAACGACACGGAUUGGUUAUAAGAUACACGUAGUAGCGUUUUGACCAUUGAAAACUGAUGUUGAAGCAUGUGACCUAUAUUUGCAACGGAAGCCCGCUUUAUUCGAAAUUCUCUUCCGAGAAAGAUUUUUGUAACCAAUAAGUGAAAACAAUGUUCAAUAGUGAAAAUGCACAAUUAUGAUAAAUACUGUGUGUGCAUAACG